AUCUGGAUAUCUGCUCUCAUCACUGGUUCGGACGCGCCUCCAGGAGCAAGACGCUGCCGCCGUGUGCGUCCUCCGGCUCAGAAGAAGAAGAAGAAGAAGAAGAAGCUGGGGGAAACCGUCCACCUCUGACCCGUCAACACGUAUUCGCAAACUCCGUGUUCUGGAGGCGGGUUCCGGUAAAGAGUUCGGCUGGGAUUCAUGCGCCGGAAUGCACCGACGAACGGCGCACUUUGCACCGCCUCCAGAGACGCACAGGAGGCGGCUGUAACUCCCGCUGGGCUCCCGACAUGUAGCUGUGGAUGUUUGGAAAGCAGGGAAGCAAUAACACUGACUGACUGACUGAUGAGGCAAUAACAAGACUCCACUGUCAUUUCUUCCAAAGCCAAAGAGACUCCGCUCCACUCUGCUUCCACUUUCUGCUCAGAGGAAACUCAUGUGACUUGGUCCUCCAGCACAUCACAUCCACACAUCAGUCUUCCAGCAGCUGCACAGCCAGGAGGGUGCGCCGGCCUGUAUAAAUAGUUGAACAAAGGCUCCUUUUUGGAGGCCGAAACCUGAGAGCAGGACUGAUUCCUCCCUCUGGUAACCCUACCCUGCCAGACACAUGGAGGACUGGUCUAGAUCCUGGGAGGUGUCGGGCUGUACAGGUGUAUCACAAGUGUGAGCUGGAAACUACACAAGAACAAGAAAAAGAAGAAGAAGAAGAAAAAGAAGAAGAAGAAGAAGAGGAGGAGUAGGAGUAGGAGGAGGACCACACCCAGCAGCAUCAGGACAGUCUCCUCCUCCCAGACUUUAAAUCCUGCUCAGGACGUCUGAGGCCUGCCAGAGCUCUGAGGUGUUGGAUCUGCCUGUUUGUGUGUCUGUUUGUGUGUCUGUCUGUCCGCCGAGAGCCACCAUGAUGUCUGCAGGACGACACCUGCUGCCUCUGGCCCUGCUGCUGGCCCUUCAAGCGACUUUGUGCCGUGGAGCCUGUGUGGAGGUGGACUCGGACACAGAGGCCGUGGCCAACGAAGGCUUCAAGCUGGGCUGCAUCUCCUGUAAGAUGAGAGGCGAAGUUCCCGCAACGGCCUCCGUCAACUGGUACUUCAUGGCUUCAGAUGAGACCGAAUUUUCACACUUAUACAGCUAUGAAGACGUAACAGGGAACAUCAUUGACCCUCGUUUCGACGAGCGUCUGUUCUGGAAUGGCAGCAAGAACACCAAGGACCUGCAGGACGGCUCCAUCUUCAUCCUCAACGUGACUUACAACGACACGGGAACCUACCGCUGCACGUUCAGCCGGGUCCUUAUGUACACCAACUACGAGUUCGAAACCAACACCAACAAGACCAUCAAAAUGAACGUAGUGCCACGAAUCACCAGGGGGAUGGCGUCCAUCUUGUCGGAGGUCAUGAUGUACGUCUCCAUCAUUGGGCUGCAGUUAUGGCUGGUUGUUGAGAUGAUCUACUGCUACAGGAAGAUUUCAGCGGCUGGAGAAGAAGCUCUGAGAGAGAGCGCGGCCGAGUAUUUAGCUAUAGCAUCGGAAAGUAAAGAUAAUUGUGCAGGUGUGCAAGCGGCAGAAUAGCACUGGUCAAGGAAGAGUUCAAGGCGGCUUCCUUGAGGAGUUCCAGUUCCACUUCAGCGCCCUCUCACCGUCACUCACCUCCCACCAUCCUCUCCAUGAGAAGGAAACAUGAAGCCCAGAGAGGAGGAAGAUGUUUCUGUUCAGGAUGUAGAGGACUGAGCUGCAGCUCGCUGCAGGAUGGAUGAGUGAGGUCAAACAGGACACGGGGGGGGAGAGCUGGACUGUACAUAGCUGUAUACGUCUGCACAGAUAAUCUUUGAACAUAUGUAGAGUAUAUUAGAGGCUGUAUAUUCAAUAUUUGCAUGCUAAACAAAGCACGCUUCUGUCAUAUUUUUGUCACAUUUCACUACACACCAUGUACUGGCGUCAGAAGUCCUGUGUUCCCUCUGUGCGUUUGGUGCAAAUUAAAACAAUUUUCAUGAUAAUCAAAAGAUCAGUACUAACAGCAAAAUACCCACUGCAUAUUUGUUGAUGUAAUGUAACGCAAAAAAACCUGCAGAGGAAACACAGCAGCUGAAAUUCUCAUUCUCAUAUUUGAUGUUUCAUUGCUAAAAAGCUAAAAAAAAAACUGAAAGAAUAUCUGCAUUUGGAUUUUUUUCUGCAGAUUUUCAUUCAAGUCAGUGUGAAAGAGGCUCAAAUUGACUCACAAUGACAGGAGAAAUAAAUAAAUGCCAGGUUCAUGUCACAGGCUAACUUUUAAAGAUCGUCCACGUUUAUCGGUCUGAUGAAGCGGCCGAAAGAAUCAGAAUCAGAGAGCAGAUUUUAAACCAGGACAUAAUAAUGAGGUAUCAUUAAAGUUUCUGAAUUCAUAUCAUUGGCUCAACAGGAAUCUUCACACAUCUGGAGGAUUUCAUCAGCACCCAGAUGAAGGGAGGUGCACUCGAUAGUUACUGUCAGAUAUUAAAGCUAACCCUCUGAAUCCCAAAAUGCAUGAAAAGCAGCAUAAAAACUGAUCCGUAUAAUAGAGUUAGAAACCUUAAAAACUGUCAUAUUUGCAAUUUCUGACCAUUGUUGCACUACUUAUCUGUGACAUGCAUUUCUGUCGAACAAUUAACCAAAUCUAAGCUUAAAAUUGUAAUAUUUUACUGAAAUGUCUCAUUUAAACACUUGCCAAUAAUAAAUCAUUUGCUCCAAUCAGCUUCUGUAAAAAACAAAAAAAAAGAAAGACAACAAAAGCAAAAAAGUCUGGAAGCUAUUAUUGACUAAACUGUGACGUCAGAAAAAUUCAGGGACUUUUCAACUGAACUGCAGGCUGUGUUUACUCAUAGCAGAGGAGACAAAUUAAAAAUGUAACUGGUUACAUAUCUAUAGUAUGUGGAGCCUCCAUUUUUUCCAGUGUUGGUAACAUCUGUGGACAUUUGGAAAAACGUUGGACAUUUUAAAAAAUAAUUUUUGUAAAACAAUCAAAGAAACGACUUUUUUUUUUUAAAGGAUUUAUCUCUAACUGUUUCAGACUAAGGUGGAAAAUGACCACAAAACGACACAGUAUAACCACAAAGAGAAACGACCACAAGGAGAUAAAAAUAUCCCAUGAAUAGAUGCAAAACUACCACAAAAAGACACAAAAAAAACCACAAAGAGACACAACACAACCGCAAGGUCACACAAUAUGACCACAAAGAGGUACAAAUAAAACCACAGAGAUGUAAAAUAACCCAAGCAACAUGCAACAAUGACAAGGAGGCAAAAAAACCCACCCGCAAACAGAUGCAAAACAACCACAAAAAUGUGCAAAACUACCACAAGGAGACACACUAUGACCCCAGAGGUACAAACCCCCCACAAAAUGGUUAAAGAGAUGCAAAAAAGAAAAAAAAACACAAAACAAAUGCAAGGAGACAAAAACCCAACACAAAGAUAUGUAAAAUGACCACAAAGACACACACAACAAAUGCAAGGAGACAAAAAAAAUCCACAAAUGGAUGCAAAACAACCACAAAAAGACACAUCAUGACCACAAAUGUACAAAAAAACUCCACAAAAUGACCAAAGAGAUUCAAAGCGAUCACAAAAUGUAACAAAAUGACCAUGAACGGACGCCCAACAACCGCAAGGAGACAAGAAACACAAACAGAUGCAACACGAUCCCAAAAAGACACAAAAUCCCCACAAAGACAUGUACCAUGAUCACAAACAGAUGCAAAACUACCACAGAGACACGUGACCACAAAGAGAUACAAAAAAACACACAAAACAACCACAAAGCGACACACUAUGACCACAAAGAGGCACAAACCACCCACAAAAUGGCCAAAGAGAUGCAAAACGAUGACAAAAGGAGAAAAAAAAGAACACAAACAGAUGCAACACAAUACAAACAGACACAUUUGGACCACAAAAAGGUGCAAAACAACCAUGAGGCGACACACUAUGACCACACAGAGCAACAAGAAAUCCCCACAAAAAUCGCCAAAGAGAUGCAAAACAAUCGCAAAGAGACACAAAUACGACCACAAAGAAAAACACAAUGACCAUAAACAGACGCACAACGACCACAAGGAGGCACCAAAAAACCUCAAAUAGACGCAACACAAUCUCAAAAACACACAAAAUGACCACAAAAAGACGUAGAAUGACCGCCAACAGAUGCAAAACUACCAUAAAAAGACACAAAAUGACCACAAAAAGAUGUACAAUGACUGUUAACAGAUGCAAAACAACCAUGAAAAGACACAAAAUGACCACAAGGACAUUUCUUAGUUCUCUCUCCUUCCAGUCAUGGUUGUAAUGUCUUCAUAAAAGUGCAGGACUCUAUAUUGCAGAGACAAAUGAGCCCACAGCGAGGAAACAAUGAGGUGGGAACAAAAAAAACUGAACAAAAAAAAUCCCCACAAAAACUGUUGCAUGGUGUUCAGAGGGUUAAAGUUAAAUUCUGAGCUGUUUCUGUGUUUUCCUUUAUCCUGAGAGCUCAUGAAACUAUUCAGGUCAAAUGAAGGUUUUCUCCAGCAGACUGCUGCACUGUCUGAACUGCUCAACACAUGAGGCUCAUUCUAAUUAGUGCUUCAGAGGCCUCAGUGCUGAGAAACAAAACAGCGUCGUGGAAACGUUUCCACAGACGCACGUGUUCACAUCUUAGUGUCUUCGUAGAAACUUAAGGGCUUUGGCAAAAUGCUAUUAUCUAACUGCCGUGGGCGAACGUACCACAAACCUGUCCGGUGUGCCUCCCCGAGUGGAAACUGAAACGGAAAAGGAGCAAAUCUUUAAAAAAAAACAAAACAGAAAAAGCAGCUGUACUUGCUUCUUUUUCCACUAAACCAGAUGGCAGCUGAACACUGCCGUCCAGCAUCGUUACUGCUCAUCUCUUUUGUACAAGUUUGAUGCACUUUGAGGCUUUGAGGUGAGAAAGAGUCAAACACAAGCCAAUACAGAAUAACAGCAGGCUUUCUGACGACUCUUUUUUUCAGGACAAACACAGAAAAGUUAACCCUCCUGUUGUCUUCGUUUACGGGCACCAAAAAAUAUUGUUUCCUUGUCUGAAAAAAAUCCAAAAAUUCAGCAAAACAAUUCCCCAAAUUUCUGAAAAUUUGCAAAACUUUCAGGAAGAAAAUUCCAAUAAUUCCUUAAAAGUUUCCCUUAAAAGUUUUAUUUAAAAAAAUAAUAAUCCCCCAAAUUUGGCAAGAAAAUUCUUGUAAAUAUUUUCAAAAAAUUAGUAAAAAUCUUCCAAAAAAUCCUAAAAAUAUCUAAAGUGAAACUUUAUAUUUUCUUUAAGAACAUUCACAAAAAAAUCUACCAAAAUCCAGCAAAGUUUGCUGGAUUUUGGUGGAUUUUUUGUGAAUGUUCUUAAGAAACAUUUUUAACAUUUCUUUUUUCCACCAAAAAAUGUUGAAAAUGUGGGCAUUAGAAAAAAAUCAUUGUGAAAAUAUUUUUUCCCCCCACAUUUUCAUACUUUAAAACGGGUCAAUUUUGACCUACAGGACAACACGAGGGUUAAACAUUUAGAAAAAAAAUGAUUUUUUAAAAAGUUCACACACUGCUUCCUGAGAGUUUCACAUCUUCCAAAUAGUUAUUUUUCCUGCACAGAUGAACUGACCGGUGAACCGAAAGCUGGCCCCACAUGUUGUUUUCUUUCAGCAACAAGUAAAACUGCAGUUUUCACGUCCUGUGUAGGUGUGGAAAUGUUGCUUGCCAAAACAAAAGUAACGUGAUACACAGAAACAAAUAAAGUUCUACUGAGAAAAUC